AUGCAUAUUAUGGUGUUGAUGUUGAAGGUAUUAGCAGUUACAGAAUUAGUGUUUCUGAUAGUCCAUCCUCGUGUUCAUGCCUUGAGCAGGGACCAGUUCCCUCCUGACUUCGUGUUUGGUGCAUCAACCUCAGCUUACCAGGUUGAAGGUGCAGCAAAUGAAGAUGGCAGGAAGCCAAGCAUAUGGGACACGUUCUCUCAUUCUGGAAAUGGUGAUGGAGAUGUUGCAUGUGAUCAAUAUCACAAGUAUAAGGAAGAUGUUCAGCUCAUGGCCAACAUGGGCUUAGAAGCCUACAGAUUUUCUAUAUCAUGGUCAAGGCUUAUUCCAGAUGGAAGAGGACAAGUGAAUCCCAAGGGACUACAGUAUUACAACAAUCUUAUUAAUGAAUUGAUAAGCCAUGGAAUCGAAGCACAUGUUACAUUAAACCAUUGGGACCUACCACAAGCACUUGAGGAUGAAUAUGGAGGAUGGGUUAGUCGAACAGUUGUGUAUAGUUCUCAAACUUCAAGUCUCUAUAAAGAUUGCCCUGGAUUGAGAUUGAAAGACUUCACAGAAUAUGCAGAUGUGUGCUUUAGAGAAUUUGGAGACAGAGUUAGGUAUUGGACUACAGUGAAUGAGGCCAAUGUUCAAGCAGUAUUUGACUAUGAUAUAGGAAUUUCACCACCUCAGCGGUGUUCUCCUUCCACUAUAUUUAACUGUUCCAGAGGAAAUUCCUCAACUGAGCCAUAUUUGGUUGCCCAUCAUAUGUUGUUAGCACAUGCUUCAGCUGCUACGGUAUAUAGAAAGAAAUACCAGGGCAUGCAGCAUGGCUUAAUUGGGUUUAGUCUCCUUAGUUUAGGUUUUCUUCCCCUAACAAAUUCUACUGAAGAUAUAAUGGCUACUCAGAGGGUUCAAGACUUCUUCGAUGGAUGGUUUAUGAAUCCCUUUACAUUUGGAGAUUACCCGGAUAUAAUGAAAAAGAAUGCUGGCUCAAGGCUUCCUUCCUUCACUAAAAAGGAAUCAAAUCUAGUCAGGGGCUCAAUCGAUUUCUUAGGAAUAAACGUUUACUACUCAUUUUAUGUUUCGGACAGUCCUGACAACCUACAGAAGGAGAACAGGGAUUUCUUUGCAGAUUUAUCAGCAAAAUUGCAAAGACAACAAACACCUCAUAAUUCAUCAUUAGACGACUGGCCAAGGGUGGAUUACUUGCAUGCAUACAUUGGAAGCAUGGCUGAUGCACUCAGGAGUGGAUUAAAUGUAAAAGGUUACUUUGUAUGGUCCUUCAUGGAUGUAUUCGAACUAAUGGGUGGAUAUGAAAUAAGUUAUGGUCUAUAUUACGUAGACAUGGAUGAUCCAAACUUAAGAAGGCAACCUAAGCUUUCUGCUGAAUGGUACUCAAAUUUUCUUAAAGGGAAGCCUAUGGACCCAAAGAUCACCAAGGAAAUUCACAAGAAUGCAAGUGUGCUUUCACAUAAUCCGUCACACCAUAGUGUCACGUAA